AUGAUUGAAAAAUUGUGCAUGCAGGUUUGUUCCACGUGGCGGGAGGUGUCGCGGUCGGAUCUGCUGUGGGAGCACCUCACUAGGCGCAUCUGGCGACGCACGUACCGUCUGAGGGACACGUGGCACAUGGAGUUCAUCCACUGGCAUCGGACGGCCAGGAACUUCGAGACAGGAAGGGUGUCGUUUUCGAACCCCCAUUUUGACCUUUCAGAGACCCACCAGAACCUCAUCUGCCGCUGCCUCACCAUCUCCGACACCCACCUUGCGUGCGGUUUCAUCGACGGCACCGUGCGCCUCUUCCACCUCGAAACCAACACCCACGUCAGCACUUACAUGUCCGACCACGCCCACCUCUUCGGGCCCUUCUCCCGCUCCAUCGCUGGAAUCGUCCUCUCCAACUCGAACAUCACCUUUGCCAGGCUGGACGGGGAUAUCUACGUUGACACCAUCACCAGGCCUGGGCCGAGCCAAGCGCCGCGGGUCGUGAUGGGCUUCGUGAUGAACAACGGGGUGAUGGUUGGGUUCGCGGGAACGGCACGGUGGUGGGUGGGCUUGUUCGCUGGGAUAGCAGGCCGGGCCUUUCAGGUGUGGAACGCCGAGAGCAGGGAGCGCGUGUUCGUUGGGGGGUCGUUGACUGAUCCGGAAACGGUUAUGGGGUGGCACAUGCUGACGGAGUUGGUUGACCCGGUAGGGCGCGUGCGCGUCACCGGGGGUGAUUUCGUGGUGGCGUGCACGGGUGUGAGGCUGGUCUGUUUCAAUGCUUGGAGCCCGGAGGCUUUGCUGCGGGAAGUGGGGUCAUCGUCGGGGUUUGUGGUGAGCUCGAUGGACGUGAGUGAGGAGGCGUUUGUUGUGGUGGAGCGUGGCGGGGUGGGGACGGUUUGGCGCGUGGGGACUUUCGAGAGGUUGAGCCGGUUUCGGUUGAGCCGUUCGUGGAUUCGGGGUUUGUGGGGGUGCAUGAACCGUGGGUACGUGAUAACCUACUGUCCUUACCCUUCGUCUUCAUUGAGGAUUUGGAACAUUGAGCGUGAGGUUGGACGGUUGCGCGUGAGACUUGGGGCGAGACUUGGUCAGGCGAAUAGCAUGGUGGCUAAUGAGAGACACGUGGCUAUCUCCUCCAAUGAUGUUAACUUAUUGGAUUUUGGUGUACAGGAUCCUUAG